AGAAUUACUGGAGCCAGCGUUUCUCCUGGUCUGAGAUACUUUGGACAGUCCAUCCAUGGAAAGACAGACCUCGGUGGAGAUGGCCUCACCAGCAUUGUGGUGGGAGCCUUGGGAAAGGUGAUGGUACUCCAAUCCAGACCAAUUGUUAACGUGGCUACGCAAGUGACUUUCGAGCCCAAGGAAAUUCCAGUGAAAGAUGUUGAAUGCGCCGGGCAUAGCAAAUCCUGGCAAAAUGUAAAUUUGAAACUCAGGAUCUGCUUCGAUAACAGCUUUGCCACCAAGAGUUACACAGGACAACUGUCUGCAAAACUCUUGUUUCGCCUGGAAAUUGACCCAGACAGGGUGAAGUACCGAGGAGAAUUUAGGAAUGGCAAGAAUAUUAUAAACGGGGCCGAAGAAAUCUCUCUAAAGCCAGUGUGCCUAUCGGAGGAAAUUAAUAUCACGAAUUGCAUUGAGGAUUACUUGUCAGCCAUCAAACUCCUGGUGAAUUUUUCCCUUGAGGAAGGUGGAUUGCUGAAGAGCGGACCUCCCAGGCCGAUUCUGAAUCCUUUAAGCAAUAGGACAAUGGUGGAGAUUCCUUUUGACAAGAACUGUGGAACAGAUGAUGUCUGUGUGGCUGACCUGAACAUUACCUUCCAUUCUUCAGGAUCUAAGGAACUGGUUGUAUCUCCUCACCAUCCGCUAGAAAUGAAUUUGGAAUUGGUGAAUCAGCGGGAAGAUGCCUAUUUUACGACUCUCUACGUGCCCCAUUUGCCAGGCCUUUCUUUUCGCAAAUAUUCGGUGUUGAAGUCCAAUCCUCACGUCACCCUGAACUGUGAUGGAAUGAUUCAUCGUCCGGACUUUCAAGGCCUUGCUUGCAACGUCAGUCAUCCCAUCUUCAGGAAUAGCACGAAGACUGUGAUCCAGCUUCAGUUUGGUGUGCUCGACAACGUUGCCUGGAAAGACAACUUGGAGAUGGUGGUGUACGUCACCAGUGAGAAUGAGGACAAUGAAACUCUUCCAAACAACAAAGCUCAUCGUAGCAUCCCUGUAAUGUACCCCAUCAACAUCAUUGUUAAGGGGUUAGAGACAUCUAGCCAAUACAUUGACUUCAGUUCUAAGCAGCAAGAAAACAAGAACAUGACACACUCCUACCAAGUAACUAACUGGGUCCUGGGGGUGUUUCCACCGCCUAAAGUAUCGGUGUAUGUCAAAGUGCCAACUAAAGUUCCUGCUGGAUUGAUAUGGAAGAUUGAUAAAGUCCUAACUGAGGAUCCUAAUGUGAUUUGCCAGCCUGAUAAAACGAACACAACUGUGAAGAACUAUCCCAAGUUAAUUCAGCAUUGUGCAACUGAUGAAUAUCUUAUCUACAAAUGUGAUCUUGGACAGAUAAAUUCAUCUAUGAUCCAUAUUACUGGGAUGAUGUCUACCCAAAACAAUACAAAGAACUCUCUUCAAACCAAGCUUUGCACAGCCUUGUGGGUUGAAUUUGAUACCGGAAGAUAUAAAAAUUUCUAUGGUCAUGAAUUUGCCCAGGUUCAGGUCACAGAAGUAGAGGUGAUAAUCACAAUGAAUUAUCUCCUAAUUAUAAUAGGCAGUGUCAUUGGAGGCUUGUUCUUGCUUAUUCUCUGCAUUGUAGGACUUUACAAGUGUGGGUUCUUCAAACGAAAUUAUAAACAGAAGAUAGAACUUCAAGGAGAAAACGAGAAUGGCUUACAAGCAGCGGACAAUUUAGAGGAGGGGGCAAAGGAGGACGGUUCUAAGACAGCAACCGAGAAUGAGAAUGAAAGCAAACUCCUUACGGAACCAUUGAGUAAUGAAAACGAGAGCCAAUGAUCAAAUCAUGUCCCUCUCCAGAGACUGCAGCCAGGCUAUUUGUUGUAAAUGC